UAAAAGAGUGAUAAACGCUGUAACAUCAUUCGUCAUUUCCUUUGAUCACUCAUAAAGACUCACAUUGCUUCCUGGUCUCAAUCUGUUGUCCAGGAGCCUCUGUGGUCGGUUUUAUCAGCCUUCAACUCUCAAGCCAUCUGAAUAUCCUGAUCAUGGCUGUGACCAACCAACCAGGCAGAUACCAACCUUCUGAUUUCCAGACAGGCCUGUGUGAUUUCUGUGAUGACUGUGGAACUUGCUGCUAUGGUCUGUGUUGCUACCCAUGCCUGGGCUGUACCAUUGCCAGUGACAUGGACGAGUGCUGCCUGUGUGGUCUGAGCAUGGCCAUCCGCAGCGUCUACAGGACCAAAUACAACAUCAAUGGUUCACUGUGCAAUGACUUUAUGGUGGUCAUGUGCUGUCCCGUCUGUGCUACCUGCCAACUAAAGAGAGAUAUUGACCGCAGGAAGGAGCAAGGCAUUUUCUGAAAGGAUACUGCUGUGGCGCCAGAGAGGUUGUAAAUCUGCCAGACUUCUGUGCUGUUGAAGAAUUUAAAGAUACAGCCCAUUCUCUUCCUGAUUCAUUCAAUUGUUGAUUAAAUGGUGUAAUGCCUAUUAUAACCUUUAAUGGGAAAUGAUCGUUGAAAUGUUUCUUUUUCUGUAUUUUCGACAAUCCUCUGAUGAAAACAACUUUCAAAUCUUUCAGCCAGUUAAACAUUAAGAGGCUGGGGUGCACCUUUACAGUGGGGAACAGUAUCAUGAUUUAUUGUUACCAUAAAAUGCAAUUUUAACUAUGAUGUCCUUAGCAGUUGGCUAAAAGUGGGGAAACCUAAACUGCACAGCACUGCCAUUAGUUUGACUGCAGACAGGAACACAGCAUGUAUAGUUUUUUUUUCCAUUAGUAACAUCAGUCUGAAGCUUGAUUACAGGUAUAUCUUAUGUGUUCAAACUAUACAUGAAUAACAUUGCCUUCAGCAAUCACCUUAGGGGUGGAAUGUGUAUUAAGUGGACCCUGAUGAUCUUCUGAUCUGGAUACUAAAUGAGUAUAAUGUUUUUAAAGGUGUACCUUAAUAAAAAAAAUAACUUGUAACUUCAAA